AUGUCGUACCCUGCUUUGGCCUCCGGCACUGGUCGAAACAUUGAUGCGUCGAGAACCGAAUCUGACCUUGCCAUCAACAUCCGCAAAGCGACAAGCAUCGAGGAGACAGCUCCUAAGCGUAAGCAUGUGCGCUCCUGCAUAGUCUACACAUGGGACCACAAAAGUUCUCUGUCCUUCUGGGCAGGCAUGAAAGUCCAACCAGUGAUGGCCGACGAAGUUCAGACCUUCAAAGCACUCAUCACUGUCCACAAAGUACUUCAGGAAGGUCAUCCUGUGACCGUGAAAGAGGCGCAACAGAAUGUUAACUGGGUCGAAUCCCUCGCGCGCGGUGUCAUGGGCGAAGGUCUUAGAGGCUACGGUCCUCUCAUUCGAGAAUAUGUCUUUUUCCUCCUCGCAAAGUUGACCUUCCACCGCCAACAUCCCGAGUUCAAUGGGCUGUUCGAGUAUGAGGAGUACAUCAGCCUGAAAUCGAUCAACGACCCAAACGAAGGCUACGAGACCAUUUCAGACCUCAUGACUCUGCAAGACCAGAUCGAUACGUUUCAAAAGCUCAUUUUCUCCCACUUCCGUGGCGGCAAUAACAAUGAAUGCCGAAUCGCUGCGCUUGUGCCACUCGUGCAGGAAAGCUACGGCAUCUACAAGUUCAUCACCAGCAUGUUACGUGCAAUGCACACCACCACUGGCGAUGAUGAGGCGCUCGAGCCGCUUCGCAGCCGCUAUGAUGGUCAACACUACCGGCUGGUCAAAUUCUAUUACGAGUGCUCGAACCUGCGGUACCUGACGAGUCUGAUCACGGUGCCAAAGCUUCCUCAAGACCCUCCCAGUCUCCUCGCUGAGGACGACGAUAAGCCUGCUCUACCUCGUCGACCAACGAAGGAGAUCGAGAGCGCACCCUCGCCAGCCCCUCGAAAUGGCGAUUCGGAUCCAAAAGACAUGGACGACUUCUGGUCAAGGGAGGCUCAACGGCAGCAAGACGAAUACGAAAACGAGCAGAGGCGAUUGCAGCAGCAGUGGGAAGAUCAACAACGGCAACAAAUGCUUGCUCAGCAACAGGCGCAGCGCGAUUUUGAGGAACAGCAGCGCAUGCAAGCCGAGCAGCAAAGGCUAGCUCAGGACCAGCUGAUGCGUGACCAGCUGGCUGCUCAAACCCAAGGCCGGAUGGCCGAGCUCGAGCGCGAGAAUCUCAACGCACGUGCCCAGUACGAGCGGGAUCAGCUGAUGCUACAACAGUACGAUCAGCGCAUGAAGGGUCUGGAGGAGCAACUACAACAGCUCAAUCAGAACUUCCAGAUGCAGAAUCAAUCGAAGGACGAUCAGCUUUCGGCUCUUCAGGAGCAAGUCAACACAUGGCGUUCCAAAUAUGAGGCGCUUGCGAAGCUGUAUUCGCAGCUCAGGCAGGAGCAUCUAGAUCUUCUGCAGACCACCAAAUCACUGAAGCUGAAAGCUGCUUCUGCUCAAGAGGCCAUCGAUCGCAGAGAACGGCUCGAGCGCGAGAUGAAGACUAAAAACUUGGAGCUAGCAGACAUGAUCCGAGAGCGUGAUCGAGCUUUGCACGAGAAAGAUAGAUUCUCGGGCACCCAUCGCGAAGAACUCGAGAAACUCAAGCGCGAGCUUCGAUUCGCCAUUGAACGUGCCGAGAAUGCUGAGCGUGCCAAGGGAUCCGAAAUAUCUUCGAUGCUCUCAAAGUACAACCGGGAAAUGGCCGACCUUGAGGAAUCUUUGCGCAGUAAGACGCGACAAUUGGACCAAAUCAGGUCAACACACAGCGAGCGCAAUGGAGAUCACGAAGCGGCUCUGCGUGAAAAGGACGAUGAGAUUGAGAUAUAUAAGUCGGGCAUGGAGCAGGCGCUCGAAGAGCUUGAGGAGCUCAAGUUAGGCAACGGCGAAACCGACGGUGCACUCGAUGGCGCAAUUGACGAGGUCCUCAAAGCCAAUGUCAACAAGAUCCAGGACAUUGUUGACUCGGUGCUCCAAAGUGGUGUGCAGCGAGUGGACGAUGCCAUGUAUGAACUAGAUUCGCCCAUGCAGGCCGGAAACCAGAAUGCGACUGCGCCCUAUGUCCUUUCACAGGUCGAGAAGGCGUCAGCGAGCGCCACAGAGUUCUCCACGGCCUUCAACAACUUCAUCGCAGACGGGCCGAACAGCCCUCACGCCGACAUCAUCCGGACUGUCUCCGUUUUUGCGGCCUCGAUCGCUGAUGUGCUGUCUAACACCAAAGGUCUGACACGGUUUGCAACCGAGGAGAAGAAGGGCGACCAGCUUAUCGACGCAGCCCGACAGUCCGCUCUGUCAACCAUAAACUUUUUCCGAGGACUUCAAUCAUUCCGCCUUGAAGGCCUUGAACCUAUGCAGAAGAGCGAUGUUGUCAUUAACAAUAAUCAUGACGUGCUAAUGAAGCUUCAAAAGCUUUCUAAACUUGCUGAUGCUUUUGCGCCGAAGGGCACAAAGCUCAGCACGAGUGGUGAUCUUGGGGACCUUGUCGACUCCGAGCUGACGAAAGCUGCCGAUGCUAUUGAGGCCGCGGCUCAGCGUCUGGCCAAGUUGAAGAACAAACCUCGCGAUGGCUUCACAACGUUCGAGCUCAAGAUUAACGACUCCAUCCUCGACGCAGCUGUAGCUGUGACUAAUGCCAUUGCCCAAUUGAUCAAAGCUGCCACCGAAUCUCAGCAAGAGAUCGUUCGCGAGGGUCGUGGAUCCUCAUCGAGAACGGCUUUCUAUAAAAAGAACAAUCGCUGGACCGAAGGCUUGAUCUCUGCCGCGAAGGCUGUCGCAACAUCUACCAAUACCCUGAUUGAAACAGCUGAUGGGGUCAUGUCGGGACGCAACAGCCCCGAGCAGUUAAUUGUAGCCUCGAAUGACGUUGCGGCCAGCACUGCCCAGCUCGUGGCUGCUAGCCGCGUCAAAGCUACCUUCAUGUCGAAGACGCAGGAUAGACUCGAGCAAGCAAGUCGUGCAGUGGGUGCAGCUUGUCGUGCCUUGGUAAGACAAGUCCAGGACAUCAUCAAGCAAAAGCAAAAGGAUGAUGGCGAAGCUGUUGAUUACGGUGCCCUGAGCGGUCAUGAGUUCAAAGUCAGGGAGAUGGAGCAACAGGUCGAGAUUCUACAGCUAAGGAACGCACUGGAUGCAGCCCAGGCCAGGCUGGGCGAGAUGCGCAAGAUAUCUUAUCGAGAGGACUGA